CCCGCAGCUCCGGGGAAGCCGAAGCCGCCGAAUUUUCACACUGGCCCGAGAAGCCCGUUCAGUGACUUCAGGAGCUGCCACCGGCUCUCAGUCUCUGCGUUGCCGACCCGGGGAGGUGACAAUAAUGAACUUUUGGAUGAGUUACUUUUUUGCUUUCACCGCGUUCAGUGUGCUUAUUUUUGUGAUCGUCUACCACAGCCAGCUCAGCUUGCCCCAAAGUUUCCAGAGGUCGAACAGCUCCUCGGCAGGGACAUUGGCAGUCGCUUGCCCUUCGGCCUUAGAAACGAAGCCCACCUUUCGGUGGUGGAACACGGUGCCAACCCCCGUGGGCAGGGUCCCCUGCCAGGACUACCUGAGCCAGAGCCACUACAUCACCAGCCCCCUGUCCGAAGAAGAGGCCGCCUUCCCUCUGGCGUAUGUCAUGGUGAUCCACAAAGACUUCGGCACUUUCGAAAGACUUUUCAGGGCCAUCUACAUGCCCCAGAAUGUCUACUGCGUUCACGUGGAUGAGAAAGCCCCGGUGGAGUUUCAGAAGUCGGUGUGGCAGUUACUGAGCUGCUUCUCAAACGCCUUCGUGGCCUCCAAGAGAGAGAACGUGGUCUACGCGGGCUUCUCCCGGCUGCAGGCCGACCUGGACUGCCUGGAGGAGCUGGUGGCCUCCCCGGUGCCCUGGAAGUACCUCCUCAAUACCUGCGGGCAGGACUUCCCCCUGAAGACCAACCUGGAGAUCGUCCGGUACCUGAAAGGAUUUAAGGGGAAGAACAUUACCCCCGGGGUGCUGCCCCCAGCGCACGCAGUUCCACGGACGAAGUAUGUCCACCAAGAAUAUAUAGGCAAACAAGGGUCUUUUGUGAAAAGAACAAACAUCCUGAAAACCUCACCCCCGCAUCAGCUAACCAUCUACUUUGGCACGGCCUAUGUGGCCCUCACCAGAGACUUCGUCAACUUUGUUUUGAAUGACAAGCGAGCCACUGAUCUCUUGCUGUGGUCAAAAGACACCUAUAGUCCUGAUGAACAUUUUUGGGUGACACUCAAUAGGAUUCCAGGAGUCCCUGGCUCCAUGCCGAACGCGUCGUGGACCGGCAACCUGCGAGCCGUGAAGUGGGUUGACAUGGAGGACAAGCACGGCGGCUGCCACGGUCAUUAUGUACAUGGCAUUUGUAUCUAUGGAAAUGGAGAUUUGAAAUGGCUAAUUAACUCACCAAGCCUGUUUGCUAACAAGUUUGAGCUGAACACGUACCCCCUUACAGUGGAAUGCCUAGAGCUGAGGCUUCGAGAAAGAACCCUUAACCAGAGUGAAACGGCCAUACAGCCCAGCUGGUAUUUUUGAUGACUGACUGCAGCUCAUGCCACAAGGGGAGAGCCAUGCUUUCUUCCAAGAGACGUUACCUUGGUGACGCUGAAGGCUCCGGGAUGCCGGACCGGGCUACAUAAUUCUACCUGAGAUAUCCACUGGACACUGUGAUACACUGACAGGGUGGUGGAGGGGGCCAGUCUGGCCAUUUCCCUCCCUCACUUUCUUCCUACCUUCUUUUCCUUCCUUCCUUCCUUCCUGUCUCUUCUCUUUCUUGUUUUUUUGUUUUGUUUAUUUUUGAGACAGGGUUUUGCUAUGUAGCCCUGGCUGCCUGAAUAAUCAGUAUGUAGCAUAGAGUGGUCUUGAACUCGCAGCAAGCCUCCUGCCUCAGCUUCUUAAGUGCUGGAGUUACAAGUGCACACCACCACACUUGGUUAUGAAGUGUGGCCUGGCCAGUUGCUAAUGCUCACGUCUGUGUUUGCUAGUUACCGCUGCGAUCAGAGAGAUAUUUAAAUGCCAUCAGCUUCACACCAGACCCUCACCAUAUCCACAUAUUCUCUUAGGAGGGGGAGUAUAGAUCAGAACUGCAUUUCUUUGCAAAGGAAUCUCUUAACAUAUUCCCAGUCACUGCUCUACUCAACCACACAGCAGCAUAUAAGCAGCUUUCUGGGAACUCACCAGUUCCCUUUAAACAGGAACAGAUCUCGAAGGGCUGAGGGUCUAAAUUAAUGUGAGAGCGCACUUGUCUGACAUUCAUGAGGACCUGAGUUGCAUCUGCAGCACCAGAAAAAACAAAUACUUACAAAAAGUACCAGGUAUAGUGAAUUCAGGUAAGCAUGGGCUAGUGCGAGACCCUACCUCAAGAAACCAAACCAAAACAAAAAACAAAACAAAAACAUAUAUAUCCAUACAUACACACUCUCUGUCUCACUCACAGCAGGUGCCAGGCGGUGAUCUCCGUCUGUGCAUCAGCAUUUUCAGCUCACCUGUGUCUUAGGUUCUGAGUGUAAUAUGUGUAUCACGAAGCCACUACUGAGAGACGAGCACUGAGCACCGGACCGUUAUCCACACUGCAGGAAAAAAACCUCCAGGGACCCCAGACGCUUCUCAGUUAUAUACCAGGAUGUUGUCUGAGCUUUCUUCCUUGUUUCCCACGAGAACAUGGGAACAUCCUCACAGGAAGGAAGGAAUUCUUUCCCACAGGAAAGGUGACGUUGCACGCGUCUAGUCUCAGGUCUGGAACCUCUGAAUGAAUGAGUUCUUCUGGGGCUCUGUCACCCCAAAGCUUUUUUUUUUUUUUCUUUUUGAGAGAGGGAUGGGCAUGCCAAGGCCUUCUGCUGCUGCAAAUGAAUGCCAGACACGUGCGCCCCCUUGUGUGCAUGUGCAACAUUGCAUGCUUGCAUCUGGCUACAUGGGACCUGGAGAUUUAUUUGAAUGUGAGUUCUUAGGCUUCACCAGCGAGCGCUGUAACCGCUAAGUCAUCUCUCCAGCCCCUUGCACAGCUUUUGAUGACACCAUGACCUUCUCCGGGCAGCUUGACAAUGUGUGGUACUGACAGGAAUGCCUGGAUUUUCAAGAGAUUUUGAUUGGACACCUGUGUCACGCACCUGUCUUCAUUCAUUGAGUCCGUCAGCCCGCAUUCAACAAAAACCUCUUGAGCUGCGUGUGGUGGCACAUGCCUUUAAUCCUAGCACUUAGGAGGCCGAGGUAGGAUCGCUGUGAGUUCGAGGCCAGCCUGAGACUACAUAGUGAAUUCUAGAUCAGCAUGGCCUAGAGUGAGACCCUACCUCAAAAUAAAAAUAAGUAAAUAAGUAAAUAAAAAGCUUCUUGAGUGCCUAUGACCCUCUAGACAUGUACUAGGACAAGAGGAAAAAUGUGACGGACUUAUUAACUGUAAAACUCCUGGCAGUGAUGGCAGCGUUGGGAAGGCUGCUUUGACAGUCUUACACAAUGGCCACACUUCCCACUUUCCUAGGCAUGGUGGGCAUUGUGGCAUCGGGCUGUGGAGACCGGUGACUAUACCAACAGUGAGGUCAGACACUAUUCAAAGGACAGGGAGAAGGAAACAGCACCCAGGUCGGUGCGCGAUCUGCCAGCUCCUCCCUAGCCAACCUGGUUCAGUCCGCUUCCGAGGUUUAUGUGAAUACUCCAGCUUUCUAGAUAGAGUGACAAGUCUUGAAAAUGUUCGUGACCAUUAAGAAACAAAUUCUCUUGGAAUUUGGCUUCUCAGCUUGUUUCCUCAGGUGGGUUACUUGAGAGAAGGUAAAUAAAGGCAUAUGUAGCACCCCAGAAAAGGUAGACUUAAGGAUGGGCUCAGUGUCUGUAUUGAGAGAAGUCUUGCUCUCAGAAAAAUGGGGAGUGAGCGUUCAUACUCCUGUAAUCCACUGCAUUCCUAACUACUUAUUCUAAUGAGAGAAACAAUUACUGCACAUGGCUUAAUUAACACAAUUUAAUACCUUUGCUACAAUCGCACCUGCUGAAUGUUAAUCAUCUUUAAAGGGAAUGACUGAUGUAAAAUUUUCUUAUUCCUGCUACUGGGAAAAACAAAGCUGGGCAUGGUGGCGUACGCCCUUAAUCCCAGCACUCGGGAGGCAGAGGUAGGAGGAUCCCUGAGAGUUCAAGGCCAGCCGGGGUGAGUGCCAGGUUGGCCGGGGCUAGAGGGAGACUCUACCUCCACAAAGUGAAAAUGAAGAAGGCCAAGGCUGAAAUCUGAACCUUAUUUCAAUCUGUUAUUUAAAUGAUGGGCUAUGAGUAGAAAUGUUUCCACUGGCUCUUUCUCACAUAGAGGGAGAAAUUUCUCUGGAAUAGAAGAUGUUUACAUGUCCACUACUGGUCACCUCUUCUAUGUCUUAAAUCCUUUACUAUCAGCAAGGUGUAAUGUUGGAGCUAGUGGGUUUCUGCUAGCUUGUGGGCACGCCCUGAAACUACUGUAUCCAUCUUGUUUUUGAUGAUGUUUUCUGUGCGUGUGUUUUUUUUUUUUCCUCUUGGAAAUAAAUUAAUAUAUUGUUUUCCAUC